CAGAUAUUUUCGCAUACAUUUUAAAAGUAAAAUAAUUAAGUAUAGAUCUAUUUGUGUUAAGUUACAAUAUUUUAUUAACUUAUCUAGAUACUGUUAAGCAUAGCAUGGAGACAGUUUCCGUCUCCGCAUGUGGUUAAAUAUACCGGUGAGGUGCGCAAGCCUUUCUGGUCAACGCAAUAUCUCAAUUAUUCAGCGGAUUGGAUGUUAAAUAGAGACGCCACCCAUCACCCCAGAUCUGUUUAUUAAAUCAAAUACAAGUAUUGAUUUUUGGAAAAAAAAAUACAAAAAAUAUCGGGACUAACAAUGUUAAUUAAGAAACUCGCACUUCCGGCACUUGAUAACAAGACGCAAGGGCCAGAAGGUGUUGGUAUCGAGGAGUUGAUCGAGGAGACAGGCGGCUGUGGGCGAUACCAGGUGCUCCUUAGUGCCAUUAUCCACAGCUGCAAGUGUAUCGUCUGCUUCUCAAUGCUGUUCAUGGUGUACGGCGCGGCGGCCCCGGACUGGUGGUGCUCUGAGGGAAUAGAGCUCGGAAACAUCACGAGUGGAGCGGCGGUCAAUGAUUCCCGGUGGGAGGUCUGCACAAUCCACCUGAAUGGUGUUUCCAAACCGUGUGAAAAGUUUACGUUCAACGAUGAGAUGAAUACUGUAGUGUCUCGGUUUUCCCUGGUUUGUGACCGCGAGUGGAUCUCCUCAACUAUAACCUCCAUCCAGAUGGCCGGCGUCUUCGUGGGAAACCUCGCAUGUGGCCAGGUCGCCGACCUUAUUGGCCGAAGGAAGCCUUUCUUUGCCUCCAUACUGGCGCUUGUCCUCCUCAACAUUGGCACCGCGUUUUCUGUUUCCUGGGUAAUGUUCGCCGUCUUCCGAUUCCUUAUCGGGGUUUCCGCGGGAUUCGAACUCACUGUUCAGUACAGCCUAGCCGCAGAAUUUACACAGGCUCGUUGGAGGACGUGGGUUGUGGCUAUCCCUUCCUGGGCCAUAGAAACUUCGCUGUUUGCCCUCGUCUGCUGGGCCCUGAACGACUGGUUGUGGAUCCACAUUGCCACCGCCGCCACUGGACUCCCUCUUCUGUUCACAUACUGGUUUGUUCCUGAGAGCUUCCGUUGGUAUAUCGGUCAUGACAGAAUCGAGGAUGCCAAAAGAAUAGUACAAAAGAUGGCGCAAUUUAACAGGAAGCCUGUCCCCAAGAGCUUGGACUAUAUAAGGAAGGAAAACGCAGAAAGCGGGGACCAGAAAUAUUUCUUUAGCGACUUGUUUAAAGAAAAAAAACUGCGACUGUAUACGUGCCUAUUUAUGAUAGUUUGGAUGACCUUGGGGAUUACUUCUUACGGGAUCCAGUUUGGUGUACCUAGGCUGUCCGGAAAUCUGUUCAUGAACAUGUUUAUUUUAGGCCUCGCUUCAAGCCCAAUACAAUUUAUCAGCAUCUGGCUUCAGAACAGACUGGGCCGAAAGAAAACUGCCUGGCUGUUUUAUGGUCUGGGUGCAGCGGCGGCGUUCGCAGUGGCUGUAACAGCAAGACUCCCAGAUAGCCAGGGUCAAGACUUGGCCACAAACUGUUUCGCAAUUACGGCAUUGACUUUGGUGAAUGCCGCCUGGUCGCCAAUCCAGACUCUCACAAUAGAAACCUACCCUACCGUGAUCAGAAAUUUGGGUUACGGAACCCAGAACACGAUGACCAGGAUCGGAGCGAUAAUAGGACCACAACUUGUCUUCCUGGAGACAAUGUUUGAGGGAAGCCUGUAUUGGAUCUCAGGCACGGCGCUUGUGGUCGCCAUGGCGCUGCUCGUGCCCAUACCGGAAACUGGAAGUACAGACCUCGUUGACAAAAUCGUUUUGCCAAUGACGCCGCCUUCGGUAGAAGAUGAUGAUAGCGAAGAAAAGCAGGAGACGACGAGUCUUGUGUCACAUUCAUGUUGAUUUUGCCAGGAGCCAACAUGUCUUAGCUCUUCCUUUGCUUUGAAUGUUUAACAGUACUUAUACAGUUCGUCUUUUACCUCUUUUAACGGAUUUUUUUGGAAAAAUGUUGGACGGGUGGUACGAAAAAAAAAGAAAAAAAAAAGGAUUUCAUACUCAUUCUAUUUUUUUACAAUACAUGUACGUACAUGUAUUUUUCAUAGCGCUUGUGGCGAAAUCCAAAACAAAAGAUAAAAAUAACAACAAACAGGAAAGACAUGUUCAUAGAUACAUAUGAAUGACAUUUGAAAUGCUUAAGUAUGUUUUGAUUUCUAUGCAACACAAUGUAUUCAAUGCUUCAAUAUUAUAAUGAAUAUUGAUAUGUUCAAAUGCUCACUUUGUCAUACACAUAUGUUUGGCUUUACAGUCCAAUUUUCUAUCCUACCAAUUUCAAAUUCAAAUGAAUGUGAUCAUUAAAUAAGCAUUUUAUACACUUCCACCUUAAAAUAAUGUCACAUUUUAAAGCUGCACUCUCACAGAUUGAAUGUUUUGACAACUUUUUUUAUUUUUUGUCUCGGAACGAGCCAGUUUUUGCGAAAACCUGUGGA